CCCAAUCUCUCUGCGUCUUAUUCUUUGCCCUAAACAAAGAAAAGUUGGGGCUCAUUGUAAGAUUUUGCAAUGAGAUUGGAGAAGUGCUGGUUUUGUUCCUCUACUAUAUAUCCCGGACAUGGGAUUCAGUUUGUGCGAAAUGACGCAAAGAUAUUUAGAUUUUGUCGGUCAAAAUGCCACAAGAACUUCAAAAUGAAGAGGAAUCCUCGGAAAGUGAAAUGGACCAAAGCUUAUAGAAGGUUGCAUGGCAAGGACAUGACUCAGGACUCCACAUUUGAGUUCGAGAGGAAGCGUAACAGGCCCGAGAGGUAUGACAGAAACCUCACUGAGAACACACUGAAGGCUAUCAAGACAAUCGACAAAGUCAGAUCCCGCAGGGGAGAGAUGCACCAUAAGAACAGGAUGAAAGGCAAGGCUGCAAAAGAACGACGAGAGGCUAGGAAGGAACACGACCAGCAACUCCACAUGGUGGUUGCUCCUGGUGCCACCCUUGGUUCAUUGGCCAAAGAUGCAACCGCUACACCGGCCAAAGCCAAAGUCAAGGUUCAACAGGAAUCAGAGGAAAAUCGAAUGGAAGAAUGAUUCUUCUAAGAUGUCUGGACGGGUUGUUGCUCGUAUGUUUUUUGCUGUGUAAAACGCCUACAUUUCCGAGUAGCUUAAUCGUUGAAAAGUUUCGAGCUUAUUAGUUUUGACAUGGUUUGUUUGGCCUCCGAUGUAUUCUAUAAAAUGUGUUCAUUUAUAAAGAUCCAAGACGUUUGCUUACAUUGCAUUUUUAUGA